GCUGUGAAACACCAUCUUUUGUCUACAAGCAAUCAUUCAAGAACCGGACAACUACCCACCGUCUUCUACUUUAUUCCCGCUCCGUUCCAUCUCUCAUUUCACUCUGAUCCAGCUGUCCCAGAGCUCGCUCGCUCUCUGUAUUAAAAACCCAACCCAGCGUUAGCAAAGCCUCUUCUUCUAUUCCAUGGUCUCUCUCUGAACAAAGAGAGAGUACUGAACUACUGAAGUUGAGAGUAAGAUAGUUUAGCGAAAACUAUGGCCAUGUCUAGUUUCUUGAUGGUUGUUUUGUUUCUGGGUCUGGGUCUGGACCACUUCGCCGCGGCGGAGGUGGAGGCGGAUGCUAGAAGCAGUCGGAGCACCUACAUUGUUCACAUGGCGAAAUCCCAAAUGCCGGCGAGUUUCGAGCACCACACUCACUGGUACGACGCGUCGCUCAAAUCGGCCUCCGACUCGGCCGAGAUGCUCUACACCUACACCAGCGCCAUCCACGGCUUCUCCACGCAGCUGACGCCGGAGGAGGCGGAGACGCUCAAGUUCCAACCUGGGGUUCUGCUCGUUCUUCCCGAGUUGAGGUACGAGCUCCACACCACUCGGACCCCCGAGUUUCUCGGACUCGACCAGAACAACCAGCUCUUCCCCGACUCGGUGUCGGCCAGUGACGUCAUCGUCGGAGUGUUGGACACUGGAGUCUGGCCAGAGAGCAAGAGCUUUGAUGACGCCGGACUCGGACCUGUUCCGGCGAGCUGGAAGGGCACGUGUGAAGUUGGCACGAGCUUCAACUCCUCGGCGUGCAAUCGGAAGCUGAUCGGUGCCAGGUACUUCGCCAAAGGCUACGAGGCCACAUUAGGCCCCAUCGACACUUCCAAGGAGUCCAGGUCCCCCAGAGACGACGACGGCCACGGAACCCACACCUCCAGCACCGCGGCGGGGUCCGUCGUCGCCGGAGCGAGUCUGUUAGGAUACGCGCCUGGAUCCGCGCGCGGGAUGGCCACGCGCGCCAGGAUUGCCGCCUACAAAGUGUGCUGGAUCGGCGGGUGUUUCAGCUCCGACAUCUUGAUGGCCAUAGACCAAGCCAUCGACGACAACGUCAACGUUUUGUCCAUGUCGCUCGGCGGCGGAAUGUCCGACUAUUUCAGGGACAGCGUGGCGAUCGGAUCUUUCUCGGCGAUGGAGAAGGGGAUCUUGAUCUCGUGCUCGGCCGGAAACGCGGGUCCCAGCGCGUACAGUUUGUCCAACUCGGCUCCGUGGAUCACAACCGUAGGCGCGGGCACACUAGAUCGCGACUUCCCGGCUUACCUCAGCCUCGGUAACGGUAAAAACUUCUCAGGCGUUUCGCUUUACCGCGGUAACUCCGAGGCCACCGCUUUGGAAAUGACGCCCUUUAUUUACGCCGGUAACGCGAGUAACUCUACUUCCGGGAAUCUCUGCAUGAUGGGAAGUUUGAUACCCGAAAAAGUGAAGGGCAAAAUAGUAAUGUGCGACCGUGGAGUCAACUCCCGGGUGCAGAAAGGAACCGUGGUCAAAGCCGCCGGAGGAAUCGGCAUGGUCCUCUCCAACACUGCCGCAAACGGCGAGGAGCUGGUGGCCGACGCUCAUUUGCUGCCGGCGACGGCGGUGGGUCAGAAAAACGGCGAUGUCGUAAGGAGCUAUCUGUUUUCGGAUCCGAAUCCAACGGCCGCGAUCCUGUUCGAGGGCACCAAGGUCGGAAUCGAGCCUUCUCCGGUGGUCGCGGCGUUCAGUUCCCGAGGCCCGAACGCGAUCACGCCGGACAUUCUGAAACCCGACAUCGUCGCGCCAGGUGUCAACAUCUUAGCCGGGUGGUCCGGCGCCGUCGGCCCCACCGGUCUGGCGGUCGACUCGCGGCGCGUGGCGUUCAACAUCAUCUCCGGCACGUCGAUGUCCUGCCCGCACGUGAGCGGCCUCGCCGCGCUGCUCAAGGGGGCCCACCCGGAGUGGAGCCCCGCCGCGAUCCGAUCGGCGCUGAUGACCACCGCCUACACGGCCUACAAGAAUGGGCAGAAGUUGCAGGACGUGGCUACGGGAAAGCCAUCCACGCCCUUCGAUCACGGAGCUGGACACGUGGACCCCGUAUCGGCCCUCAAUCCGGGGCUGGUCUACGAUCUGACGGUGGAGGAUUAUCUAAACUUUCUCUGUGCGUUGAACUACACCGAGUCCGAAAUCACCAGCUUGGCUAAAAGAAAGUUUACUUGCGACGAAAGCAAGAGUUACAGCGUUAGGGAUCUGAACUACCCUUCUUUUGCUGUAAAUUUGGUGGGCGGCUCGUCCUCUUCGUCCACUGUAUUGAAGUACUCGAGGACUCUCACCAAUGUGGGCCCGGCCGGAACGUACAAGGCGACUGCGACCAUGGAUGACCCGUCGGUGAAGAUUUCGGUGGAGCCAGAGUCGUUGAGUUUCGCGGCGGCGAAUGAGAAGAAGAGUUACACGGUGACGUUCGCGGUAACGGGGUCGAGAUCAUUGAGCAGCUUUGGGAGGCUCGAGUGGUCUGAUGGGAAGCACAUUGUUGGAAGUCCUAUUGCAAUCAGCCGGAGUUAGGUGGCAGCGUAAUGCACACGACGUGUUUGAUGAAAUUCACUCGCUCAAAGAGUGAAGUGAAUGUGUGGAUUGCGUAAUAUGCUUAAAGCUCUAGUGUUAGAGAUCGCAGCUGUAUUCUGAGUUUGUGAUGGUAAUUAUUUCCACAGCUAAAAAUGGAGGCUGGGAAAGGUUGUUAGAGUUGAGGGUGUUUAAUUUCUUAGUUUAUUGGUGUACAGUGUUUUCCAGUUUGACAAGAACCCAGUGUAAUUGUGCAUUCAUGUCUUUAAAUAAUGCAAGUUACACAGUCACUGGUUGGGUCAUUGUCCUUUUUAUAGGAUAGUUCCCCAAGUCCUAGCUUUUCCCAUAAUGUACAAGAUAAGAUGACCUUGCUUGUAUGCCUUGUUCUUUUCUAUGUUUGCAGUUAAGAGAUUGUACGA